AUGAAGGAUAUUCUGGUAAUCUGCGGUCCAAGUGGAGUGGGGAAAGGAACUUUGAUUUCCUACCUUAUGAAGGAGUUUCCUGAGAAGUUUGGGUUUUCAAUUUCUCAUACCAGCAGAUGCCCCAGAGGGGGAGAGUCUAAUGGGAAGGAAUACCAUUUUUGCUCAAGUGAGGAGUUUAAGAGUAUGAUAUCUAUUGACGGUUUUGUUGAGUAUGCGGAAGUACAUGAGCACUUUUAUGGCACUUCCAAACAAGCAAUAGAAAACAUUAUUGAUCAGGGAAAGAUCUGUUUAAUUGAUAUUGACGUCCAAGGAGUCGAGCAAAUCCAAAAAUCCUCUUUCGGAGAUAGGGCAUAUUAUAUUGGUAUUCUUCCAAAGUCUCAGGAAGACUUGGAGAAAAGACUUAGAAAGAGAAAAACAGAUUCGGACCAGGCAAUUCAAGUCAGGCUAAAAAAUUCUACUCAGGAAAUUGAAAGGAUUAAAUGCAAUCCAAAUAUUUACAAAUUAGUGAAUGACGAUUUGGAAACUGCGUGUAAUGAAAUUGGUGCACUAGUUAAAUCAUUUUGGGAAGAUAUUUCUCAAUAA